UGAUACUUUUGUGAUAUGACCCAUUGAUGUUCAGCCGUUUAAAUAGCAUGGUGUAAGGAACGUACGUGUAAAUACAGUAUUAGAACAUUGGCCAGUGGAAACCAACUUUACCAAAGUGCUUUAACAUUUAACCGGGUACGAUACCAAAGAGGAUCUAAUACGAUACCUUGUGCCGGCAAUUACAAAACACCUACAGUUUUAAUUUCUUGUUUUAUACUUUGACUUGACAAUGUCGUGUGAUUCCACGCUCGAAAAGUUUUGCGGCUCCGCUUUUUGGGAUAGUAAUAAUCUAACAUGGCACACGGAAAAUCCAGAUCUAACGCCGUGCGUCGAGAAAACCAUCCUGGUAUGGAUGCCGUGCAUCUACCUCUGGGUAGCUUCCCUGCUCGAAGCCUAUUACAUCUUCAACAGCAAGGAGCGAAACAUCCCGUGGAACAUUCUCAAUGUCAGCAAAUUAAGCGUCACUUGCCUUUUAAUAGUAUUACAGUUCGUAGAUAUGAGCGUAAGCGUCCAUAGAUCAUCACAAGAAGUGCCCAAUAAUGAUUAUUACUGCCCUGUCAUCAAAUUGCUGACAUUCGGUUUGUCCGCAACAUUGUUAUACUACAAUAGGAGAUAUGGCAUGAGAGCAUCAGGAGUACUCUUCUUCUUCUGGUUACUACUAGUGCUAGCGGGGCUGCCCCAGCUCCGAACAGAAAUAAGGGCCUACUCCGACGCUGCUGAUGAUGGAAACGUCCAAUACUCCUUUGUUAGCUACAUACUAUAUUACCCACUUAUUUUUUUGAUGUUUAUACUCAAUUGUUUCGCCGACUUACCGCCCAAAGAUACUCCGUACAAAUUCGGAAAGAACCCAUGCCCAGAAAGUGCAUCAGGGUUCCCUAGCCGGCUGACAUUCAGCUGGUUCGAUCCUCUAGCAAUCACAGGCUUCCGUAGGAGUCUCACUGAAAGUGACCUCUGGGCGCUGAACCCUCCAGACUCCUCGAAAGAAGUGGUUCCAAGAUUCGAAAAAUACUGGCACAGUACAUUAGAGAAGCGAGAAGCCACAAACAGCAAAAAGGCGACGUACAGUCAAAUUUCAGCGAGUAUGAAUUUCAAGCCAGAGAGCGAACGGAAGCCUGCCUCAGUCCUGCCUGCGCUAUGUCUAGCCUUUGGUGCGCAGUUCUUGUUUGGGUCCGUGCUCAAACUCAUCAACGAUAUUCUCACGUUCGUCUCGCCACAACUACUCGGACUCCUAAUAAGUUUUAUAGAAAGCAAAGAGCCGGUAUGGAAAGGCUAUGUAUAUGCGGUCGCGCUGUUAGCAUGCGCAUCUGCACAGACCAUUGUACUCGCGCACUACUUUACCCGGAUGUACCUUGUUGGCAUGAGAAUAAAAACCGCUGUCACUUGUGCCGUUUAUAGAAAGUCUUUGCGGAUGUCAUGCACUGCGAGAAAGGAAUCCACCAUCGGCGAAAUUGUUAAUUUGAUGUCGAUUGAUGCGCCUAGGUUCCUAGAAUUUACAGCGUAUGUAAACCUGAUAUGGUCUGCGCCACUCCAAAUAGCGCUUGCCGUAUUUUUCCUUUGGGGCAUCUUAGGGCCAUCCGUACUAGCCGGCCUCGCCGUUAUCAUAAUAUUCAUCCCCAUAAACGGGUUGAUUAUCAAUAAAGUUGAAGCAUUACAAGUUAGCCAGAUGCAAUACAAAGACGAACGAGUCAAACUUAUGAACGAGGUCCUUAAUGGAAUUAAGGUACUUAAAAUGUAUGCUUGGGAACCAAGCUUUGAGGACCAAAUACUUAAAAUAAGAAACAAAGAAAUUAAUAUCAUAAAACGAAUUAUCUACUUAAAUUCGGUCAGUGCAUUUAUAUCGGUUUUUGUGCCGUUUUUGGUCACACUGCUGUCGUUCGCGUGUUUCGUACUGGUUAAUGACACAGAAGUGCUGGACUCCAAAAAAGCUUUCGUAGCGUUGUCUCUUUUCAAUAUAAUGCGUUUCCCAUUGUACAUGCUGCCUAAUGUUAUAUCGAGUAUUGUUGAAAUUUCGGUCGUUAUAAAGAGAUUGAACAAAUUCAUGAACUGUGAUGAACUCAACGUAAACUCCGUAGAGCACGAUCCCAAAGAACCCAACCCCAUACUGAUCGAAAGCGGUCACUUCUCGUGGGGCGACGAGCCGGAGCCGACUCUGCGCAACAUCAACAUCAACAUAAAGAAGGGCUCGCUGGUGGCCGUGGUGGGCGCCGUCGGCUCGGGCAAGAGCUCGCUGCUCUCCGCGCUGCUGGGGGAGAUGAACAAGGUCUCCGGGCGCGUCAACACCACUGGUAAAGUAGCAUACGUGCCCCAACAAGCUUGGAUCCAGAACGCAACCCUGCAAGACAACAUUGUAUUCGGCAAGCAGCUCGACAAACUCAAAUACAAUAACGUGAUUGACGUGUGCGCACUCAAGUCAGAUUUUGACGUGCUGCCCGGUGGCGACCAGACUGAAAUCGGCGAGAAAGGCAUUAACCUGUCCGGAGGUCAGAAACAGCGCGUGUCGCUGGCGCGGGCCGUGUACUUCGACGCGGAUAACUACUUCCUCGACGAUCCGCUCAGCGCCGUCGACUCGCACGUUGGGAAACAUAUAUUCGACAAGGUUGUCGGCCCGAACGGUCUCUUAAAAACUAAGACGCGAGUUUGGGUGACGCACAGCGUGACGUACUUGGCGCAGGCUGACCUUGUGCUAGUACUGAAAAAAGGCCAGAUCUCUGAAGCCGGCACGUAUCAAGGGUUGCUGGAAAAGAAGGGCGCCUUUGCUGAUUUCUUGAUUCACCAUCUGAGCAUCGCUAAAAGAACAUCACCCGAAGAAUUAAACGAAAUCAAGCAAGAUCUGAAAAGCAAAUUAGGCUCGGAGUUUCAGAUCAAACUACAGCGGGCGCGGUCGCUAUCGGAAAGCGCAGAGUCAAAGCAACAACAGACCGAAGGUACGACAGAACACCGUGCAAACAACGUAGAGAGACAAUGGUCGUCAGACAGCGAAAUGCUCGAGGUACUAAAAGCUGAAAACAAGCUUAUUGAGGAAGAAAAGACAGAGACGGGAAGCGUGAAAUGGAGCGUAUACAAGUACUACCUAACGUCGUUGGGCGUGCUAAUACCAGUUAUGGCCUUGAUAAUGAAUGUGGUAGUGCAAGCGCUCCAGAUCGGCUCUAACUUCUGGCUUGUAGAGUGGUCCAACGACGACCAAAUGAUCGUUAAUGGAAGUGUGGACACACAACGACGAGAUUUCUAUAUAGGUGUAUACGCAGGCCUUGGAGCAGCACAAGUAAUAUCAACAUUUUUUGCGAAUUUAUUGCCUUUCUUGGCAUGUUGGCGUGCGGCAAAAAUCCUCCACAUGCAGUUGUUGGGCAAUAUACUAAAGACUCCAAUACAAUUCUUCGAAAAGACGCCACUUGGCAGAAUCCUGGCUAGAUUUUCGAAAGACGUGGAUGUCUUGGACACAUCACUUCCAGAUCAGAUAGAAAAUGUUACUAAUUCCACGUUUGAGGUGCUGAGCACAUUAUUCGUAGUCAGUUUGGUGACGCCGAUCUUCCUGGUACUGAUAAUUCCCAUCGGAGUGAUCUACUACAUCAUCCAGCGGUUCUACGUGGCCACCUCGCGGCAGCUCAACCGCCUCGAGUCAAUCUCCAAGUCGCCUAUCUACUCCCACCUCGGCGAAAGCAUUUCAGGGGCCACUACUAUACGAGCCUAUGGAGUUACACAGAGGUAAAUUUACACGCAUUUU